GCGUAGGAAUCGUCCCCACCUUUGCAGUUCUUCUGUAUAUUUUUCUCGUAAGAGUCCGGCUAAAUGAAUGUUGAUUUAUUUCUGGAAUUCGGAAACAAAUAAUGUAAAUACGAAAUGGGACAAGGGUUUGGCUUUUUAGAUACUUAACAAUAUGUUUACUGACUUCAAGAAGCCUACUAAAGUGGAAAAAAAUGAUUUUAAAGGGGGCUUUUGGAGAUCGUCAAAUUACUAAAAUUAGCUCAUUUUCACUCGCUCUGACUUCAGCAGUCAGACUCAACAGUAUAAGUCUGGUGGAAAAACUGAACUUGGUAGUGAACUGUCAGUCAUUUUAUUGUGUUAUUUAAUAAUCUAACUUACAAUGAGUACUCCUAAACGGGAAUAUGAAAAAACAGACGAAACAACAAGACGGAAAUCUAGUGCAAGAGGUUUGCACAAUACAAGCAGACAAAGUACAGCCACAAAUUCAAGUGUAUUGAUGGUGGGGCCAAAUUUCCGUGUGGGAAAGAAGAUUGGUUGUGGAAAUUUUGGCGAGCUGCGACUUGGGAAGAACCUCUACAACAACGAGCAUGUAGCAAUCAAAUUGGAACCCAUGAAAUCCAGAGCCCCUCAAUUACAUUUGGAAUAUAGGUUUUAUAAACAGCUUGGACAAGCAGAAGGUGUGCCGCAGGUGUAUUAUUUUGGGCCAUGUGGAAAAUACAAUGCUCUAGUCCUUGAACUGCUGGGUCCUAGUCUAGAGGACCUUUUCGACCUCUGUGACAGAAAAUUCUCAUUAAAAACUGUCCUCAUGCUAGCCAUUCAGCUGAUUUCCAGAAUGGAGUAUGUACAUUCGAAACACCUCAUUUACCGUGAUGUUAAACCUGAAAACUUUCUUAUAGGAAGGCAAUCGACUAAAAAACAGCAUAUCACUCAUAUCAUAGAUUUUGGUUUGGCCAAAGAAUAUAUUGAUCCUGAAACCAAUAAACACAUACCAUAUCGGGAACAUAAAAGUUUGACGGGCACUGCCAGAUAUAUGAGUAUAAACACACAUUUAGGAAAAGAACAAAGUCGAAGGGAUGAUUUAGAAGCAUUAGGCCACAUGUUUAUGUAUUUUUUACGUGGAAGUUUACCAUGGCAAGGUCUAAAAGCCGACACACUUAAAGAAAGAUAUCAAAAGAUAGGUGAUACAAAACGGGCAACUCCAAUUGAAGUUUUAAGUGAAAACUUUCCAGAAGAAUUAGCAACAUAUUUGAGAUAUGUACGGCGUCUGGACUUUUUUGAGACGCCUGAUUAUGACUAUCUGCGCAAACUUUUCACCGAUUUAAUGGAGAAGAUGAAUUAUGACUGUGAUUGGCUAUUUGAUUGGGUGGGAAGACAAGUGGCUACGCCCGUUUCAAUCAGUGCUGAUACGACUGGACCCUCACCACAGAGAGAUCAUACUCGAAUAAGACAUGAUACAGGCAUGAACCGGUCGAGUGGCAAUACACGGGGGCAUGCGUGGGGAGAACAACCGCGUCUCUCUGAUAAUUUUCUGGGUGCUAACCUAGCCUCAAAUAGGCAUGGGGGUUCAGUACAGGUGGUUAGUUCAACAAAUGGUGAAUUAGUGCCAGAUGACCCUAAUGCAGCACAUUCUAAUACCCCAAUAACAGCCCCACCUGAAGUAGAAGUAGUUGAUGAAACAAAGUGCUGUUUCUUCAGGCGCCGCAAGAAAAAGAAAGGUCGACAAUCGUAAAGGUGUGGAUCUCAUCAGCUGCUUUUUACUCCUGUUUCUCUUCGAUUAGACUACUGUCAUCAACUAUUAGCUCUAUAUAUUAUUAUUGCUGUACUGUUAUGCCCCCUUUCCACUUUAUUAUAGUCCACAUUGACAUGAAGUCUUGUGGAAUAUACUAUCAGCAGUUGGACUACUCCUAGCGUAAUUUUUUACGCAGGGUUAUUAUUGCUUUCUGCUGCAGGUGCUGCAUGUGUUGGUAUGGAAGACGCAAAAGGGGAAAGAAAAAACGGCAGAAAUGACUCACAGCAUUUGGCCAGACUCAAGAUACAGUUUUGUUACAACGCCAUGACACUUCAUUGAAUUUGGAUGUGGAUUCCUUUGAUGUUCUUGAACCAUCAUGGCACAGAUUAAAACUUAGCCUUUGUUCUCCAGAAACUUAUGGGCAUGUUAAUCAAUCAUUUUUAUGAUGAUUAUCAAAACUUAUAUCUGUUUAUUAUGUAAUGAUGAUGUAUAUGAACUGAAUGACCUUGAAACUUAUGUAGUAAGAAGUUUUUUAAAUUUACCCAUUUGACAUUAAAGACUAUUUCAAAUGUGCCACCUUUAUUUUCCUCUGAAAUUUUCGUUUAUCAAGUUUGAAUUCUCGAUUUGAAGCAAGUAUAUUUAUAAAGAAGUCAGUUGGAGAAGAAAUUACAAGCUUGUUUUCUUUCGAGAGGAAAAAUUAUCAAUUUUGAUAUUUAAAAUUUUGAUCAAUUUAAAUAUAAACAAAAGCUAUUGUUAAUUUUUACUUUAAAAAUCCUAUUCUGAUCUUGAAUGUCCAUUUAAUUAGGAUAAUAGUGUGAAUGCGUUUGAUAGAUAUUAUGAAGAGUGUGAUAUUUUAGUAUGGAGAUAUGAUUGUGUAUGGAGAUGUAUGAAUGUUAUAAUUGUUCAUUUUCUUAUGUAAUAAGAAGUUUCUAUUCAAUUUUGUUUUCUAUGUCCCAUCCAAUUGACAAAAUUGAGUCUGGCCAAAUGCAUUUACAAGUCUUUCAGCUUUUCGGCUAAACAAAAAAUCAGAGAGGCUGAUAUAUAAAUAUAUAUAUAUAAAGUAUAUAUUAUCAUAUUCUGUACAUAGAAGUAACAUUUGCAUGAGUGUAAAUAUUAAAACUGAUUGCAAAAAAAUCAUAAAAGAUGAAAAAAAAGUAGGCACAUUUUCGUUAUGUGUAUAAAGAUGAAAUAUAAAAUCAUUAAUCUGAAUGUAAAAAUGACCACAUUUCAUGAAAUACUGUUAUAAUAAGUAUAUGAUUUGUUCAUGUUUUUUCCCUUCAACAUCACCUUUUUUUUUGUGGAAUAUGUGAACUGUGUCAAGUCAAGGCUAACAAAAUUUAUAGGUUUACAAUCUUAUAUCUUCUAGAUAUUUAUUUAGACACUAUGCAUGAAAUUUAAACAGUAUUUAUGUUGUGUAUAGUACAAACCAAAGUUUCUCUAUAUUCUUUUCUAAUAGUUUCAACUUGUUUUUUUUAGCAGCCAUUAGAAAUAACAGGAGGGGAUUUUGUAAUGAGGAUAGAUUUAUUUAAUUUCAAUUUGUACAUUUAUAAUAUUUUGGUUUCAAAUGAUGAUUUUAACACUGAAUUACAACAUACCAUUUUGGAGGCUGUAUGUGUGAUAUUGACAAUCAGUUUUUAUUAUGAAAAAUUAAACGGACCCAAUUAACAAAUUGAAUAUUUUGGUUCGUGCACUUUUAAUACCACAGAUUUCCAUAGAAAACGGUUUUAUUUUUGUCUUAUAUUUUUUUGUAAAUAGAAAUUGUAAUUGAGUUAUGUUUUAAUGUGAUUCAUUCGUAUUCUCGAUUCUGCUUUCAGUAUUUCGUUUAUUGUGUUGAAGUAGCCAUCCAUACAUACCCUCUCUGAGAGAAACGAGAGAAUAAUUAAAUCAUUAAUUAAUUAAUAGUUUAUAUUUAUUCUUUAGAGUCAAAUUAUCAUUAUUUAUGUCAAAUUUCUUCUUUCUAUGAAUAAUAUAAUUUGCUGCUUUUAAAAAGAAGUGUGUACAAUGUGUCAAAUGAAAAUUCAGUUUGCUAUUCUUUUAGUUUGCGUAUUCUUUAUAGAAUAAAUUGACACAAUUGUGAUAUAAAAGAAAUUAAUUGUACAGAUAUAUUCUUAUUUAAAGAGCUGAUGUAGGUAUGUCAAUAUUUGUGUAUUUCUCUCAUGUGAGAAGGAUGUAUAAGAACAAAUCAAAAUUUGAUUGAAAUAUUCUGUGUGCUGAGUGCCAUCUUUAUCUUCUGUAUAUUAAUCAUAUUUAAGGAAUAGAUUGUAAAAGCUUAAAUAGAAGUCAAAUAUAAAUGGUUUUCAGAAGCUUGUGCAAUUGAUCUCUCUUUUUUUUUUUCUUUUUUUUUUAAAUCUUAAGUAGAAUAAAAUGAUUGACUGUUAAUAAAGUUGAUUCAAGAUAGUUAUUUUAUAAGUAACAAUUAAUAUAAAGAAAUUGGCAUAUAGUUCUUUAAUAGAAAUACCUGCAUGAUUAGCUCAUAUUUUACUUUAGUGCUUAAAUACAAUUUUGUUUAUAACUCAACUAUCAAAUGAAAGUUGAAUUCCUUCUCGUAUGUCUGUUAAUGUAUUAAAAUAAAAUAUCAUGCCUGAGAAUAA